CCUGGAUAUUAGGGCUGAAUUCUUCUCUACCUGUAAUUUUGCAACUCCCUUUGUUGCUAGACAUGUAAUUGUAUAUGGUUUCUUUCGAUAUUCACACAAUUAAUUUCCUUCGCAUGAAAACCCCUUUUUCUUGGAGUUGAUAAAAAUCCUCUUUUGCAUUUGAAAAGCUAAUUGGGAAGUAAACAAACAUAAGGACAUUGUCUGGUGUUUUCAUUUUUUUUUUCUUGAGUUUUUGCUAGAUGUGUGGAAAGGUAUCCUUUUUAGUAUCGUUAUGAUAAGCAGGGGAAGGUGUGUGCAGCGUUUAUUUAGUGUUGAUCAUCAAAAUUGGUGGAUUCAUUCUUUAAUGGCGUUUACAUCAUCUACCUUUUCCGUUGGACCUAAAGAUUCUUCCUUUGUAUUAUCUAACAAGGGGUAUAAUCAGAUUUUGUCAUGUGUUAAGUUUUUAUCUACCUCCAUUGAUCCAAAGGGUGGUGGAGGAAAAUACCCUUUUAACAAUGCGGCGGCGAUGGGUCUCAGGCUUUGGGGUUGCUCUUCUUCUUCUUCUUCUAAUGAUUCAAAUAUAAGUUGUGCGGGUAGCAACAAUAAGUAUAUGAAUGGAUUUCAGGUUUUUGCUCCACCUCAUCCGAUUUUGGUACAUGAUGAGGAGGAAGCUAGUACUAGUAGUGCUACUAAGCAUUCUGACACUAACAAUGAUCCAUCUCACAGAGGAAGCUCCGCUGGAUUCUUUAACCAGGAUUUACAUGAUAAAAUCGUUGUAGCUGUUGAUGUUGAUGAAGUCCUUGGGAACUUUGUUUCAGCCCUCAACGAAUUUGUUGCAGAUCGUUACUCAUCAUAUCAUUCGGUGUCCGAGUAUCAUGUAUAUGAGUUCUUCAAGAUAUGGAAGUGCUCAAGAGAUGAAGCUGAUAUCCGUGUCCAUGAAUUCUUCAAGACCUCUUAUUUCAAGACCGGAAUUCAUCCAAUUCCCGGUUCUCAACAGACUCUUCAAAAGUUGUCUAGAUUCUGUAAUCUAUCAAUUGUGACGUCCCGACAAAAUGCCAUCAAAGAUCAUACGAUUGAGUGGAUUGAGAGGCAUUAUCCAGGUUUGUUUCAGGAAAUGCACUUCGGGAAUCACUUUGCGCUGAAUGGGCAGUCAAUAGCCAAAUCAGAUAUUUGUAGGUCCCUGGGAGCAAAUGUUUUGAUUGAUGACAAUCCGAGGUAUGCUAUUGAGUGCGCGGAAGUUGGAAUCAAGGUUCUUCUAUUUGAUUAUGAAAAUUCAUACCCAUGGUCGAAAAGUGCGUCACUUAAUGGGCAUCCCAUGGUUAAGAAAGUGCACAACUGGGGAGAAGUGGAGCAUCAAUUAGCUUCAUGGAUAGUUCCGACGAAUUCCUCUCCAAAGUAGACUCAGGAAAGGAAAGGAAAGAAAAGAAAAUGCAUUGAUUUUUUUUCUAUUCGACUCCAUAAUUUAGAAGCAAUGGUAAACCUGGUGAUCAAAGGGGGGUUAAGCCUCUGCUGUUAAGAAGUUGGUAGACAUGUAGAAUAUCUCUUAUCUUCCCAUUUAACCUUUAUUUCUCUGUAUAGAUAAAAAAUCUUCAGAGUGACUUAGUAAGGAGGACUUCUUUAGAUAGUUUUGAGUUGAAGCCUGAGAUGGGCUCACUCUACUUGCAAUUCAUAAGGUAAAGACAAUAUUCUAGAAAUUUAUUUUUUAGUUGAA